AUGACUAAAAUUUUCAUGUGCAACAUGCUGCUGGCUGUGGGACAAUCACGCUUUUUCAUCUGGCGAGGCCCCAAUGUGAACUGCACAGACAGUUCGGGCUACACUGCUUUACACCACGCAGCCUUAAAUGGACAUAAGGACAUAGUUCUCAAACUACUUCAAUAUGAGGCAUCAACAAAUGUAGCAGACAAUAAAGGUUACUUUCCUAUUCACCUGGCUGCCUGGAGAGGUGAUGUGGAGAUUGUGAAGAUUCUUAUUCACCAUGGACCAUCGCAUUCCAGAGUCAAUGAGCAGAAUAAUGAAAAUGAGACUGCUCUACACUGCGCCGCUCAGUACGGCCACUCAGAGGUAGUCUCUGUUCUUCUGGAAGAGCUCACCGACCCUACAAUCAGGAACAGCAAGCUUGAAACACCUUUGGAUCUGGCAGCGCUCUAUGGCCGGCUUAGAGUGGUCAAAAUGAUCAUCAGUGCACACCCUAACCUGAUGAGCUGCAACACCCGCAAGCACACACCUUUGCACCUCGCAGCGCGCAAUGGACACAAAGCAGUUGUACAGGUGCUGCUGGAAGCAGGGAUGGAUGUAAGCUGUCAGACAGAAAAGGGGAGUGCACUUCACGAAGCAGCCUUGUUUGGGAAGGUGGAUGUUGUGCGUGUUCUUUUAGAAACAGGAAUUGAUGCCAAUAUAAAGGAUAGCUUAGGUAGAACUGUCUUAGACAUUCUGAAAGAACAUCCAUCUCAGAAAUCUCUUCAGAUUGCAACACUCUUACAAGAGUAUUUAGAAGGCGUUAGCAGAUCAACAGUCUUUGAAGACCAGGUACAGGAAGAUGGAACACAAGAAACACUCAUUUCAUCUCCUGUUGAGUCUCCUUCCCAAAAGACCAAAAGUGAAACUGUGACUGGAGAAUUAUCAAAGCUCUUGGAUGAAAUAAAACUCUGCCAAGAAAAGGAUUAUUCGUUUGAAGAUUUGUGCCACACAAUAUCGGACCACUACCUAGAUAAUCUGAGCAAGAUUUCUGAGGAAGAACUUGGGAAAAAUGGAAGUCAGAGUGUAAGAACUUCAUCUACAAUAAAUUUGUCACCAGGAGAAGUGGAAGAAGAAGAAGAUGAUGAUGAUGAAAACACUUGUGGGCCCUCAGGACUUUGGGAAGCAUUAACUCCUUGUAAUGGAUGUAGGAACCUUGGUUUCCCCAUUCUUGCACAGCUGCAGGCUGAGUUAACAAUGACAUAUGAUUUGGAAUACAUGAGUGUGCGUAUGCAAACACGGAGUCCUGGGGUGGCGCGGCUCAUCUUCAAAUACCUAUUGUGUGUUAUGGGUCAUAAACCCGUAGAAGAAUUUCAGAGAGGAGGAAGCGCUUUUAAGCGGCGUUGA